AUGGACGACGAAAAUGUAGAUAAUACAGAUACAGUUGAAGAAAAUGAUACGGAAGAGUCUAAACCUACAGAAGAUGAUUCAAAACUUGUCGAAAUUGAGAGAACAUUAGCCAUAAUAAAACCUGAUGGUGUGGAUAAAGCAAAUGAGAUUGAGGAAACUAUUCUUAACGAAGGGUUUACCAUAUUGCAGAAACGAAGUCUACAGUUGACACCAGAACAGGCAAGUGAAUUUUAUGCUGAACAUUUUGAGAAACCUUUUUAUCCCAGACUAGUAACCUACAUGUCAGGAGGCCCUAUUAUUGUAAUGGUUUUAGUUCGUGAAAAUGCAAUUUUACACUGGAGAGAAGUGAUUGGUCCAACAAAACCAUCAGUAGCUAGAGAAACAAAACCUGACAGCAUCAGGGCCAAAUAUGGUGGUGAUGACGAACACAAUGCUGUCCAUGGUAGUGAUAGUUCAACCAGUGCCGAGAGGGAGAUUCGUUUCUUCUUUCCAGAUACUGUAUUUGAGUCCACAUUAAUUGGGGAUACAGCUCGUGACUACUUGGCUAAGUAUAUCAAUCCCACUUUGUCAAAAGCACUGGUAGAACUCUGUAAAGAAAAGCCUGCUGACCCUGUGGUGUGGUUAGCUGACUGGCUUUUGGCAAAUAAUCCAUACCGUGCUGGUGUUCAAGAAACAGUAGAAUCCAAUUGAAAUUAUAAAUGAGGAACCUAUAUGUGUGUGUGUGUGUGUGUGUAUACACACACACACAACAAACAUACAUUAAAAUUAGAAUACUGUAGAACUUCUGAGCAAAAUAAGCUGCUAUCAAAAUGUUAGAAUCUGACUCUUGUAUAAUUUUGUGAUAUUUUGUAGUAUGAGCACAUGCAUUAGAACAGAUGAAAGUUUUUAUCAAAGUGUGCUUACCUUUUUUUUCUUCAUUGACAUGAUUUUAAUUUUAUUCUCCAAUUUGUUUUAACAUUAAACCUUAGCAUAGAAGUUGUUCAAUGAAGUUCAUUGAAACCAAAUAUUUUAUUAUUUAUAUGAAUUUUGCAAA